AUGAACCGAUUCAUCAUAUGCCUGUUACCAAGUCUACUGUUCUGGUGGACACCAAUAGUGACUAUUCUGCCUGUGUUGGAAGCCCGGCCAGUGACGGUCGGACCCAUACACCAGACACACGAGGAGUCCACUACUGCUGUGUCACCUGAUGAUUCAUACUGGACAGAAUCUGGAUUGGAUUCGACAACGGCCUUCUACAAAGUCCUCUUUGAGGAGAAACCCGACGGCGUCAUUGACAACGUCACAAUGGCCCUCUCUGGCUCGGAUAGUGAGGCUUUGCCAGUAUACGCAAUGGCACUCAGCUCUACCGUGACUGGCAUCUUGAGCAUCGUGGGUACCGUAGGCAAUGGUCUAGUGAUCUUGGCCUUCUGCACUUACAAACAGGUCCGGACUUCCGCACACACCUUCAUCCUGAGUAACAGCAUCGGUGACAUCUUCAUGACCGGUUUCCAGUACCCAACAUCAAUAGCCUCCAAAUUCAUCAGUGCCCCCGCUCUCGGACACGCCAUGUGUCCCGUACUAGGCUCAUUGUUCUUCCUAAGUAUCUACGUAUCGUUGCUAUCUAUGGUUUUGAUUGCCUUCAAUAGAUGCAUACACAUCACCAAGUCACCAGACACGUACAGGAAACUGUUCAGUCCUAUCAGGUCGUUCUUGUGGGUUUUAUUGUCGUGGGUUGUGAGUGGGUUGUUGGUAGCUCCGGCCUUUCUAGGCUAUGGUGAGUUCGGUUGGAAUAAGUACCAAAUCUGUUCCACAGUGACCGACAAUCCGUACAGUCGCUACUACAUAUCCAACAUAUUUGGGAUUUCCUAUUGGCUUGUGUUCUGUGUAGUUGCCGGCAUCUAUCUGAAGAUUUACUUCUUCGUGAAAAAUUCUGUGGUGACGGUGGCCGCAGCGAAUCGAAACCUUGUCAACCCCGAGCAGUACGUAUCCAGAAGAGUCAUCAAACAAACCAAACACAUGUUCAUCAUCUUCAGUGCGUUCACAGUCUGCACGGCCCCGAGUGUCCUGUUAUACAGUAUCAAUGUGCACGAAGGCUUCAUGUCUCACAAAGCAAUGGUAGUGUUGUUCAACCUGUAUUGCCUGAACCAUGUUCUGAAUCCUUUUCUGUACGCCUGGAAGCUGCCUGUGUUCAGGCGUGCUUUUCGGGCUCUCAUUCGCUGCAAGCGGCAGCUGCCCUUCCAGCCUGGAGCUUCUAACAACUGAGCGUCACCCGCACGCC